AUGUCUGCUGCUGCUGCAUCGGUCCUCAAGGACGCAUCGCUGCUCAAGACGAAAUCUUACGUCAACGGCGAAUGGGUCGAAGCCAAGUCUGGAAAACAGUUUACUGUCGACAACCCUGCUACGGGAGAGGAGGUCGCAAAAUGCCCUGAAUUUGACGCAGAAGACACUGAGGCUGCCAUCACCGCCGCCAACGAUGCCUUCCAGUCAUUCCGCAAGGUCUCUCCCCAGGAGCGAUCCCGCCUCCUCCGCCGCUGGUACGACCUCAUGGUCGAAAACGCAGAGGACAUCGCCAAGAUCAUCACUCUCGAGAACGGCAAGGCCCUGACCGACGCCCGCGGCGAGACCACCUACGCCGCAAACUUCUUCAAGUGGUUCUCCGAGGAGGCGCCCCGGAUCUACGGCGAUGUCAUCCAGCCCAGCGCCCCCAACUGCCGCGUCGUUACGCUUAGAGAGCCCAUUGGCGUGUGCGGCCUGAUUGCGCCGUGGAACUUCCCUGCGGCCAUGAUUACUCGCAAGGUUGGUCCUGCGCUGGCUGCGGGAUGUACGGUUGUUGUCAAGGCGCCUACGGAGACGCCUUUGACGGCGCUUGCUUUGGCGGAGUUGGCGCACCGGGCUGGUAUUCCCAAGGGCGUUGUGAAUGUCAUCACUGCGUUCGACAACACGCCUCUUGUGGGCAAGGUCCUCACCACGAACCCCAUUGUCAAGAAGGUGUCCUUCACCGGCUCUACCCCCGUGGGCAAGAUCCUCAUGAACCAGAGCUCUUCCACGCUCAAGAAGCUCUCCUUCGAGCUGGGCGGCAACGCACCCUUCAUCGUCUUUGAGGACGCCGACCUCGACACCGCAGUGCAACACCUGAUCGGCUGCAAGUUCCGCGUCGCCGGCCAGACAUGCGUCUGCGCCAACCGCAUCUUUGUUCACAGCAGCAUCUACGAGGAGUUUGUCAAGCGUGUCGUCGACGUCGUCAAGACAUUCCAGGUCGGCAACGGCCUCGACAGCAAGACCACACACGGGCCCCUGAUUCACAGCAGAGCAGUGGCAAAGGUCGACGAGCACGUGCAGGAUGCCGUCUCCAAGGGCGCUCGCCUGCUCCACGGAGGCAAGAGACUGCCUCUUGGUCCCAACUUUUACGACUUGACGGUUCUGGCGGACGUUACGCCCGAGAUGCAGGUCUUUAGGGAGGAGACGUUUGGACCUGUUGCGGCGUUUUUCAAGUUUGAUACCGAGGAGGAGGUUGUUGCGCUGGCCAACGAUGCGGAUGUUGGUCUGGCGGGAUACUUUUUCAGCAAGGAUAACAGCCGAUGCUGGCGCGUUGCGGAGGCGCUGCAGGUGGGCAUGGUUGGUGUCAAUGUUGGAGCCAUCAGCGACGUUGCUAUUCCCUUUGGAGGCGUCAAGGAGAGUGGAUUCGGGCGAGAGGGUAGCAAGUAUGGUGUUGAUGAGUAUCUGACUACCAAGAUGAUCAUGACUGGUAUUUAA